AUGAUCUGGCAUCUUUGUGCAGCGAUUGUGGCGGCUAUCGGCAUGAUGAUGGCGUACCCGAUUGGACAAGGAGCCGUUCCCGUAAGUAAUACUUGUGAUCCGUGCAGCAAUCCCGUGGGGUCAUGGGGUCCUUGGGGACAAUGGAGCUCGUGUCAUUCGAACACGUUCGCACAGCAAGUGGUGACGAGAACUCGCUCGUGUUCGACCACCUAUUGCCCUGAUGGUGUCAGGGAGGAAGAAGCCUCAUGCAGUAGUGUUCAGAACGAUCAACCGCAACAAGCCCAAUGGGGACAAUGGGGAGGGUGGAGUGCAUGCAGCCAAAGCUGCGGCGGUGGCUACCAGACUCGUCAAAGAACUUGUGGAUGUGGCGUGUGCCAAUGUCAAGGCUCAAACACUGAGCAACAAGCCUGCAACAAUGGGGCAUGCCCAUGUACCACUUGCUAUAAUCCGGUGCCGGCUCCAUCACCCGUUUGCAAUACUUGCUACAAUCCAGUACCAGCUCCAGCUCCGCCUGUUCCAGUACCCGUUCCACAGCCAGCUCCAGCACCGCCCGUUCCCGUUCCCGUCCCAGCUCCAUGCACAACUUGCUACAAUCCAGUCCCAGCCCCAUCACCGUGCGCCACUUGUGGCCCUCCUCAACCCUACUACAAUCCGUACGGAAACGGGAAAAAGAAGCGUGAGCUCCUCAUCAGCCAAAUGAAAGCCAACGAAAAACAA